AUGCUUCGCGUCUCUUCUCGUCUUGUUACUCGUCGUGCCGCUAUGUGCCGUUUCUAUUCCAAUGGUGGUGGAUACGGUGGUAGUGAAGGUGCUACUGUCAGCUCCCGUGGUGGUUUCAGCGACAAGGAAAAGGCUGUUGAAAACCAAUGGGCUCGCUCACACGAUGAGGAAAAGAUCCGUGCUUUACGUGAAGCUCUUGAACAUCAAAAGCAAGAAACCGAAUCACUCAAGAAGGAUAUUGAUGAAUUGAAGAAAUCCGUCAAAAAGUAA